GAUGAUGAAAGGAGAAGGGAAAGGCUGCAGCUGGCCUUCAUUUCCUGCUCCUGCUAUCUGGGGAUUCAGAGAAUGAUCCCAGGACCCAGAUCCUGAAGAUUCCAACAGCUCUUCCUGCAAACACAAGCCCUUGUGCGCCUGAGCCUUGCUCUCCAGCCUGGAGACAUCCAUCUGCCCACUCUGCUGGGAACUGCUGAGUGCCAGGAAGCACCAUCGGCUCUGCUGUCCUCCUGUUGGCAAAGAGGCACAAUGACCGCAUUAUUUCUCUUCCAGCUUCACGUUACAGCAUGGAAGCCGUCGCCAAGUUUGAUUUCACUGCCUCAGGUGAGGAUGAGCUGAGCUUUCACACUGGAGAUGUUUUGAAGAUUUUAAGUAACCAAGAGGAGUGGUUUAAGGCGGAGCUUGGGAGCCAGGAAGGAUACGUGCCCAAGAAUUUCAUAGACAUCCAGUUUCCUGAAUGGUUUCAUGAAGGCCUCUCUCGACACCAGGCAGAGAACUUACUCAUGGGCAAGGAGGUUGGUUUCUUCAUCAUCCGGGCCAGCCAGAGCUCCCCAGGGGACUUCUCCAUCUCCGUCAGGCAUGAGGAUGACGUUCAACAUUUCAAGGUCAUGCGAGACAACAAGGGCAAUUACUUCCUAUGGACUGAGAAGUUCCCCUCCCUAAAUAAGCUGGUGGACUACUACAGGACAACCUCUAUCUCCAAACAGAAGCAGAUCUUCCUCAGAGACAGAGUCCGAGAAGACCAGGGUCGCCGUGGCAACAGCCUGGACCGGAGGUCCCAGGGAGGCCCACACCUCAGUGGGGCUGUGGGAGAAGAAAUCCGGCCUUCGAUGAACCGGAAGGUGUCGGAUCACCCCCCAACCGUUCCCCUGCAGCAGCACCAACCACAGCCUCCACAGUACACCCCAGCGCCCCAGCCACCACAGCAGCGGUAUCUGCAGCACCACCAUUUCCACCAGGAACGCCGAGGAGGCAGCCUUGACAUAAAUGACGGGCACUGUGGUGCUGGCCUGGGCAGUGAAAUGAAUACGGCCCUCAUGCAUCGGAGACACACAGACCCAGUGCAGCUCCAGGCAGCAGGGCGAGUGCGGUGGGCCCGGGCGCUGUACGACUUUGAGGCCCUGGAGGCUGACGAGCUGGGAUUCCAGAGCGGGGAGGUGCUCGAGGUCCUGGACAGCUCCAACCCAUCCUGGUGGACUGGCCGCCUGCGCGACAAACUGGGCCUCUUCCCUGCCAACUACGUGGCACCCAUGACCCGAUGAACUCUUCGGGGGACAGACAGAAGCUUUUUGUCUGAAGCUGCCCACAAGAGAGAGGGCAAGUAAAAAAGCCUGGACUCCAUGACUCUAUAUACAUAUCUCUCUCUCCGUCUCUCGGUGUACACACACAACUUUUUAUACUAGUAAUUUAUUGGCAGUUGGGCUGGUAAUUAGUUUAUGCAAAAGGGAACUCAGGUGGAGAAUAAUAUUCACACUUGCUUUUCUGCUCGCCUCAGGGGUAUGUGGAAGGCAGUGGGGGAGUUGGGGGGUGGGGCAGGGAAACGAAAUGGAGCUUUGUCCUGGC